GUAAAUACAUCCACCCCCAAACGCAAAUACGUCAGCAGAGAUUCCUGGCCCGGGGCUCAGAGCGGAGCAGGCUCGGACAGGAGAGCUGCACCAUGAGGCUGUUUGUCUUGCUGGCUGUGCUCUGCAGUGGAGUGAAGAGCAGUACUGUGCCACAGAAAAUGUAUGGGAGGAUCACGUCCCCAAACUUCCCAAAUGUCUACCCAAACCACAAGGAGAGGAUCUGGAAUAUUACUGUCCCCAAGGGAUAUUCUGUCCGUAUCUACUUCACCCAUUUCGACCUGGAGCUGUCCUACCUGUGUGAAUAUGAUUAUGUCAAGCUGAGUUCUGGUGGGAAGACCUUGGCCACACUGUGUGGGAAGGACAGCACAGACACCGAGGAGGCUCCGGGCAACAAGACGUACGUGUCCAUGGACAACCAGCUCGUGGUGGUGUUCCGCUCCGAUUACUCCAACGAGAAACCAUUCACGGGCUUUGAGGCCUUUUAUGCUGCUCAAGAUAUUGAUGAGUGCAAGCAGCUGUUGGAUGGUGAACCCCUCUGCAAUCACCACUGUCACAACUACGUGGGGGGCUACUACUGCAGCUGCAGGGCUGGCUACACACUGCAUGGAAACAAGAGGACGUGCACAGCCCGCUGUCAGAGUCCCAUUUUUACUGAGAGGAUUGGAGAAAUCAGCGGCCCUGACUAUCCAACAGCUGAUCUCAGUUCCUGCAGCUGCAGGAUCCAGAUAGGAGGCUUCCUGAUGGUGCUGGAAUUCAUGGAGACCUUUAAUGUGGAGACACACCCAGGACUGCUGUGCCCCUGUGAUGUCCUUAAGGAACCUGAUUUCUACCCGAUGUCCCUCCUUCUCUGAGCUGCAAAAGGAUUUUACCUGCACCAUCAGAACUUCUCCAAAG